CCGCCGCACAAAGUUGCAAAGGAUUUUUAUGAUUUUUCUUUAAUAUCACUCUUUCAUGGUCUUUCGAUUCCAAGCCGUGUAAUAAUUUUUCGACAAGACGAAUUUUAUAACACGAAGAUCUUGAAUUAUCCUGAAAGAACUAGAAUAAUUUGUGAUGGUAUAAUUAUCAUUGCAAUUGUAAUUAAUAACGUUUUAAUAAUAAUAAAAUGAAUUGGAAUGGUGUACGAAAACUAAACUAACGAAUUUAAUCAAUAAAAUACUUUUAAACAUGUUUGUGUAUUCUAACCUACGUUCAUGUUCGCACGAUUAGUAUAGCGAUAGUAACAUGGAUUACUAUAUUAUUGAUUUAAAAAAAUUAUUUUCUUGUUGCGCCCCAAUAAAUAAACUCAAACAAGUGUUCCAGAAAUUGAAGAAAGAAAAGGAAAAUGGUAUGAUUAGUAUAGAUGUCCAAAAAAAAAUUUUAGAUAAUACAGUGAAUAAUAUCUUGAUUAAACAAUAUCCCGUUAAAUAUUCCUAUCAGAGAGCAUUUAUUAAGUUAUUAAUUGGCGAGUUAGAACAAAACGGUGAUGAAAUAGACGAUGAUGUUUUUGUUGCCUAUUGCAAUUUAGUAUCAGUAUCUGAAAAAGAUCUGCAUUAUCGUCACUUUUUACAAGAACACGGAGAUUUACAAUAUAUUACAAUACAAGAAAGUAUAAAUAUUAUAUCCAAGGGAACAACUGGAUUAUGCGUUUGGCAGGGUGCUUUACAUCUGGCAGGAUGGUGUUCUAAAAAUAGAAAUCAGUUUUAUGGUAAAAAUAUCUUAGAACUUGGAUGUGGAGUUGGACUAACUGGUUUGAGUAUUAUAAAUGCUUGUACACCCAAGCAAUACAUAUUUUCUGAUUGCCAUGAAAGUGUUCUAGAUAUACUUUGUGAUAAUGUGAGAUUUAAUUUAUCACUUAUUCAAGAUAAAAUAUCCGAUGAAACUCUUACAUUAAAUGAUAAAUUAAAGUUACGUAUUAAAUAUAAUGAUUCAGAUGUAAAAGUAAUAAAAUUGAGAUGGGAGGAUAUAAACAAAUAUAUCAGUGAAGAUAUGAUAGCAGUUCAUGACGUUAUUAUAGGUGCAGAUAUACUUUAUGAAAGCACUUCUUUUUAUUCAUUAAUAAAUGGAUUAAAUUUUCUCUUAACGUCUAACAAUUAUGCCAUCAUAGCCGCGACAAUACGUAAUGAGGAUACCGUAAAAAAGUUUCUCAAUCAAUUAGGAGAAUAUAAUCUUACUUACCUGGAAUGUGAUAUACCAGAACAAACAGUUUCAAUCGAAUCAACUAAUGUACCUGUAAAGAUACUACAGAUAUUUAAACAGGAUUGAGAUUGAAUCGAAUUAAAAAAAAAAUAUAUAUGUAUAUAAACAUUGUUACAUUUAAUUAUUAUUACGUUCGUUGUAUUAUAUUAAUUGAAUAAGAAAUAUAUUUAUUUUUUAUUGAACCAUUAAUUAUAUUUAUU